CGGCCACUGCUGGGCCGCGGGCGGGACGCCCGGGGCGGCGCGCGACGAGGAAGCGCGCCCGGCCGCGGCGCGGGGACCUGCCCAGACGCGCGAGUCGGCAACGCCGAGCGCCGUGUCCCCACUUGCCGGUGUGCGGCUUGGGGCCGCAGUCCCGGGCCGUGGCCGUCGUGCGCCGCCCGGGCGUUGCCUCCUGCUCGCCUCGCCCGGCCUCCGGCCUCCGGCCUCCCGGAUCGGCCCCGCCGCGCUCCCUCCACGCCCCCCGCGCGCCCCGGCCGCCGCGAGCUGAUGUCCUGAGCUCGCCGCCCGCGGGCUCCGCGCCCCGGCCCGGGAGCUGCCCUGGGAAGUUGGGGCGAGGCGCGCCGGGUAUGCGCCAUCACCAUGUCCUGCCUGGGCUCGUGGGUCGCCGAGGUCCAGUGGCUGGUCUUGGUGUCGCUCUUCGUCGUGGCCUUGGGCACGGUGGGCCUGUACCUGGCGCAGUGGGCGCUGGCCAGGGCGCGACCCCGGCCCCCGCGGCGGGCGGCGGAGCCUGAGGAGGGCCGGCGCCCGGAGUCGGACACCCUGCUCGCCUGGAUCCUAACGCUGAACAGCUGGAGGAGCCAGUGGCAGGCGGCCUGGGUGACGGCCCUGAACGAUGAGGCCAAACGGCAAGGGGGCCCGCUGCUCCUCUCCUUCCAGGAGGACCCCCUGCAGCCGCCCCUGGAGCUGGCGGUGCAGCAAGUCUGGAGUGUGGCCAGGUCAGCCCAGGAGAAGGUGGUGUCUUGUCAUGUGGUGGGUGAGACCAUUCAGUUCCUGGUCAGCGCGGGGCCAGCCUCCCCCGAGGACACAGGGCACCAGCUGUACGGCGUGCGCCUCUCCCCCUUCCAUUUACAGCUGGAGCUCCACAUGAAAGAGAAGAGAGAGGACAUUCAGAUCAGAUGGUCCUUCCUCAGCGUGCCGGAAAUGGCCAUCGCGAUCCAGCCCAAAGCCCUGGGGGAGGACCAGGCGGCCGAGGCGAAGGCAGUGUCUGAAACGCUCAAGGAAAUUUUGAAGCACCUGGUCCGCUCCGCCUCCCCGUCGCUGGUUCUGAGCACCAAGCCCGCGGACGUGAGGGAAGUUCAGAAUCUACAGCGCGCUUCAUGUGCUCCUCAGGAAUCCUGUCCUCGCAAGCCGCCGAGGGCUCACGAGCUCAAAUUACUGGUGAAGAACAUCCGAGCCUCGCUGCUAAACGACCCCGGUGCUUCGGGCCACGUUAACCCGCUGUGUGUGGUCCAGCUGAACGACCCCCUUCAGAAGUUCUCCAGCGCCCUCCCAGAAAACACUACCGACCUCUCUUGGGAAGAGGAGCUCACCUUUGAGCUGAAUGCUAAGUCGAAGGAGUUGUACCUACAGAUUUCACAGGAUGGGCGAGCCUCAGAAGCCCCGCUGGCCAUGACGACUGUUCCUUUAGAUCUGUUUAAGAAGCAGCCUUCUGGGCCACAAAGCUUUACACUGACCAGCGGGUCCUCCUUCGGCAGCUCAGUGUCGGGUUCGGUCACCGCAGAGUUUUCUUACGUAGAACCCGGCGAAGCGAAACCCUGGCCGACGCCUCCCCCUGUUCCUGCUGCGAAGAUAGAAAAGGACCGCACGGUGAUGCCCUGUGGGACUGUGGUCACUACUGUCACUGCUGUGAAAACCAAGCCUCGCUUCGAGACGGGGAGGGCGUCCCCGCUCAGCUCUGAAUCUCCCCUGAGGACGCCUGUCAAGGUGAAGGUGAUUGAGAAGGACAUCUCGGUCCAAGCCAUCUCUUGCCACAGCGCUCCCGUCAGUAAGACGUUCUCCUCUUCAGACACAGAACUGCUGGUGUUGAAUGGGUCCGACCCAGUGGCUGAAGUUGCCAUUCGACAGCUCAGCGAGUCUUCGAAGCUGAAGCUCAAGUCUCCUCGGAAGAAAAGCACCCUCAUCAUAUCCGGGGUCUCCAAGACCUCGCUAUCUCAGGACAACGAGGCCACACUGAUGCUGGACUACGCAGCCUCCAUGGACAGCGCCCACCAGGAGGACGCCCCGUCCCAUCCGGGGGCGGCCGCAGCCUCUGACCCGCCCGAGGAAGGGGCGUCAGCGCAGGCCCCACCGGCCCUGGAGUCCCAGGAGAGUGAGCUAGACUCCUGGGACUUGGAGAAGGAGUCGCAGGCCGCAGCAUGGGGCAGCCAAGCCCCACUGGACCCCGACGGGGAUGAGCUGUCAGAGAGCUCCCUGAGUGUCUCCGAGCCGGGCGCUGCCAAAAAGCAUAAAGGGGGGAUUUUAAGGAAAGGCGCAAAGCUGUUCUUCCGCCGGCGGCAUCAGCAGAAAGACCCCGGGAUGAGCCAGUCGCACAACGACCUCAUGUUCCUGCAGCAGCCGGAGGGGGCCCGGAGGAAGGGGGCGACGCUCACCAGGAUCCUGAACAAGAAGCUGCUCUCCAGGCACAGAAGCAAGAGCACCAUGAACGGCGCUCCCCCAGACCCCUGUGCAUAGGGCCACCGUCAGCAGCCUCUUCACCUUGACGCUGUGAGACGUGGACCCAACCUAGCUACCUGCCAGGACAGAGCCAGAGGGCCAGUGAGCUGUCGCAUGGCCUGCCUUGCCGAACUGGGUUUUGGCCGACAAUUUUAUCCUUUAAAGGGGAGAAAAAAUCUGAGUCUCCAGCCAGGAGGUUUCCCCCAGAGAGAACCGACAAAGCUUGAUUUGCCUCCAGAUGCCAAAGGAGACCCAAUGGUCCGCCCAUUGGGCUGUGCUCAAAUGUAAGAGUUGAAGUUAGAUAUUACAGUGAUAUUUACAGGAUGAACUCAAAGACGUACUGUAAUGGACUGUGAGUGGGGCAGGUUUGGGGGACCUAACUUUACCCACUCUGUGCUCCAACAGGUGUUAUUUUGGGUCCAUGCCUGGACCACAUCACCAAGGGAAGGCAUCCCUCUGUGCUGUCACUGUGAACAGAAUGGAUGAGUACCCUCUCGGAACGGGCCGCUCCCCAUCAAAAAGUGCAGCUGGCCCUGAGUAGAGAGAGGUGGAGCAUAGGCAGGAUUUUUGGCAAUUAGAGAAAUUGCGAUAGGAAUGGAAACACUAUGACAAAUGUAGGAAGACACUUGCCUUUGGUAUUAGCCAUAUAACUUGAAAAAUUAUGCAAAUACUAAAUAUAUCCUAUGCAUAUUAUGCUGAACACUUUUCUAAGUUUACUUUGAGCCUAUUUGCAAGUGGGAGAUAUAUAAAUUCUUACGUGGUUUUUACAUUUUUCUCGAUAGUGUCAAAAGCUCUAAUAAUACCAAUGAGCAGUCAACCCACGGAUCUCUUUUGUCCAGUCUGGCAUCCUUGCGCAACAACAGGGCAGCGAGCCCCUCCGAUGACAUUAGGAGCAAUAAGUGACCGCUAAUAGAACAUGGUGACCACACACGUGUGGUUUUUCUUUAGUCUGAGAUUGGUUUGCCAAAUAUUGCCAGUAGCUGAAACAAAGUUCUCUUAUGGCAAAAGAGGAAAUUAUUUUAUGUCUCAGGUGUGAGUCUUAGGAAUGGAAGUGACAUAACCAAUGGGCCAGUCUUGCAUCAAAUUCCUUUUAUGAGCUCUUCAGGAUUCUACUGUGCACAGUGCUGGACACAUUUUGGGGCGCCCUUGUUUUGAUUUCCAGUGGAAGACAUUAUAAGCUUGGCACAAAAUUUUAAUACCCCUAUGUAUCUUUCCAGCUACCUUCCACUUAGUUUUGUUCACAGUUUCCACAUUGGUCCACUCCUCCUGAAUCUGCCCCUUCCAGGAGGCGUGCUUCUUAAAGUGCAAUUGUCAUUGGGAUGAAAAGUUUGCACAGUUUAGUAAGAUUCAUUUUCCUCCAAUAAGAUUUACAAGGCUAUUAUGAAAACGACUUCAUUCACGGACGUGAAAUUGGGUGGCCUCCUUCCUACAGGUGUUUUCGUUAAUCCUUAAACAUAUACUUCAGGAGUCAUGGAGCCAUUGAUGAGCAAAAGCCUUUAUAAAAACCAAAAUUAUAGAAUUUUUCCCAUUCCUUUUUAUUUUUUUUUUGAGGGAGAGAUUGAGUUUUACUUUAAAAUGCACGCUUAAAAAUUCUUAGAUGUCCCAGAAAUUAUCUAGUGACUGUAAAAUUAAGAUGAUUUUUUUGCCAUGCUUUGUUUUUAAAGAUUAUAUUCCAAUUUAAAUCAUUGUAAAAUAGCACCUGGCCUUCCAAAAUAUAUGAAUACUAAGUCAGUCCCCAUGGGUUAUCCAUCGCUGCUAGUCUUUUUGGAAUGAGCGGUCACUUAAUGUUUAGUUUUCCUGAAAGGAUGACUGCUCUUUCUUAUGACAGGCAGAACUUGUGGCAUUCAAGAAUGAAUUCUAAGAGGAUAGCAUCUGUCAGAAUUGCAGACCCUCAUCAGGAGUUUUUAGUAGAGUUUUUUUGUUUGCUUUUGAAAUUCAGAUGGACUCAGUUUAUUCAGGUGUGAGGGUAUCAGAGUUUUCGGCUGAGCUUUCUUGCUCUCCAAAAAAAAGGCUUUAGCCAUCCCCAUUCCCAGAUUACCCCACGAGCGUUCUGUUCACUGGGGGAUCCCUUCGUCAAGGGCUCUGCUUUCUCAACUUCCUCGUGACUUGAAUCCUCUUCAGGGGCCUGGGGAAGCGUCAGGUGGGCUGCGUCUGUCCCGAGUGGGUGAAGCAAGUGAAUUAACGUGGGAGGUACAGUGUCGUGCAGGAGACCUUUGUGUCUGUUGGGUACACCCAAGACCCCUGCACAUUUGAGUAAGACCCGGGAGCCCAUCCUCAAGACACACACACUUUGUCUCCAUCUGACGGCCUGUUCUGAAGUUAUGGAGGACGAAGACACUAACGUAGCAGGGAGUUUAACGAGAAAAUGGAAACAGAAGGACGGUGUCCGGGUUACACCGUGAGGAAACGGGCUGUAUUGAUACUGUGAAUGCUGCUUCUCCAAGCUGUUUAUCCAGGUUUUUUUGAAUGGUAUAAGGUAUUUAUGUUAACGUAAGGUCAUUAAGGUUAAACAUCAAUUAAGAUGAGACACCAAGUACUGAACAUACUAAUUUGUAAAUCACCUUAUUCUCUUCGCUUUUCUGCAAGCCAGAGUGGCUUGUGGGCUUUUGUUUUUUUUGUCUGGAUGAAAUUUUUGCAGAGUGGUAUUUUAAAAGCGAUUCCCCAUGAACACUAGUAUUAAUGUGCGUCCGUAUGUCUGGGCCCAGGUGCUUAGAUUGGCUUUAUUUAAUGAGCUGGCAACACGCCCCUGUGCUCUGUGUAAGGAUGUGCCCGUGCUAUCUGUGGAGGAAUGAAAUGGAGCUUUACUUGUCUGUGUUUUAAUGUAGCAAUAACAAAAGUAGCGAUCUCAUGUUUCCAGCUGAAACCUGCUUUGAGGACGAAGGUUUAGACAGAGCACUUUAUUUAAAUCAAGUCUCAAGUUUAAGUUGGAAACCAGCCCUGGCUUCCCCCUGAUGGCCACCUGGCCAGUCGCUGCCCACCAGUCACAAAUUAGGUGCCUGUCCAGGUUUUUGAUGCGUUUUACUGGCCACAUCUAGAGAAGAGAGUUGCUCAUUUUCUUCUUGAGCAGAAAGGGAAAGAUUAACUUAACAUUGUUGCCACCAAAUGCAGGUGUUUUCUGAGUAAUAAUCUCAUGGCUCUUGGUCUUGAAAACUCAGAGCAUGAUUGGUGGAUGCUGGAAGUCAGAACAUCUCUCUCUACCAGAUGGGAAGCAGGUCUCGGCACUGGCCGAUCUGAUGCCAGGCCCUCUCUCCAUUGCCCCAGAUCUGCCGAGGCGUGACUACCAAAGCGAGCAGCUCGGGUUGCCAGAACUGCUGAAUCCUGCAAAGCAAACUCAGGUUCCCUCUGCUCCCUUUGCUUUACCAUCCAUUCCUGCUUCCGUACGAGGAGCCACUUGGAAUAUGCUCACCUGCCCGUGCACCCAGCUUCCAAAGGGUCAGGAAUGGACCAUUUUUAAUUUACGCGUGUAGCUUUUCUUUCCUCAGGUCACAUCAAAGCUACAUGUAAAAAAAAGAAGACAAUAAAGGGUUUCCCAGGUCUGCGGAAAGGUUUGGCUUGAUGGCCAGUGUGGUGAUGAAUUUACACGACGAUGAUUGUACUCCUCAGUAGCACUUUAAAAACAUGACAGUCCUGCGAGACGAUGUGGCUGGAACAUGAGCGGUCUUGGAAAUAAAUAAAUGUGCACAUGGAACACUAAA